GUCGUAACCUCGCGAGGCUACGAGUUCCCGUUAGCCCCCGCGCGCAUAGCCGUCGUUGGAGGAGGAGCCGCCAUGUUGUAGCGGCGGACAGCGACAGCGACCCCGAGGAGCAACACGACCCGAGACGUUUGGCUCGUGACCGGUUCUGUUGCCCACACGGUUCCUCCGGACCGUCGGUCGUGUUCCCCGUCGGGACUGCUGCGCUGUAGAAGGCAUCAUGAGCGGCGGGACGCCCUACCUGGGCAGCAAGAUCAGCCUGAUCUCGAAGGCCGCGAUCCGCUACGAGGGGAUCCUGUACACCAUCGACACCGAGAACUCCACCGUUGCACUGGCUAAAGUUCGUUCCUUCGGCACCGAGGACCGGCCCACCGACAGACCCAUCCCCCCUCGAGACGACACCUUCGAGUACAUCAUCUUCAGAGGCAGCGACAUCAAGGACCUGACCGUGUGUGAGCCGCCUAAACAGACGAGCUCGCUUCCCCAGGACCCGGCCAUCGUCCAGUCGUCUCUGGGCUCCGGCCCCUUGUCCUCCUCGGCCGCCGCCCCGACCCCGUUCCAGUCGGCCGGUUCCUAUGGACUCUUCAACCGGGUCCCGGCUCCGGCCUACAACCAGUUCACCAGCAGCCCCCUGGUCUCCCCUCAGUUCGGACCCGUCGGUGUCGGUCGCAGUAGCCCCUCCCUAGAACCUCUGAGGAAGAGUCCCACCCUGGAGCAGGUGAUCCAGGCCACUCCAUCGGCCCCGGCCGCCUCCGCCCCGCCUCCGGCCCCCGGGCUAAGCCGUAGGAGCCCCACCCACGGCCGCACGGCCGCUCUCGUCGCGGUGCAGAGCGGUCCGAAGGUGCAGCACCAGGAGGGCGUGGACGCACGGAGGGGGGAGGCCGUCAGGGGAGGAGGCCGCAGCAGCUGGUCUGCAGCUCGAACCAUCUCCGCCUCUCACAUCACCGCUGUGGAAAGAGCAACCGCAGGACUCCCCAACUCUGUAUUCAGCCAAUCAGCGUCUGCCAGUGCACCGGCUAACCGCCGCGGGCGAGGGGGCGGCCACCGCGGGCGAGGACGCUUCAACGUUCGCAGAGACGGACCUAUGAAGUUUGAGAAGGACUUUGACUUUGAGAGCGCCAACGCCCAGUUCAACAAGGAGGACAUCGACCGAGAGUUUCAGAGCAAACUGAAGCUCAAAGACGAGAAGACGGAGAAGUCUGAGAAAGCGGUGAACGGCGAGGAGAAGGGCGACUCCGUUGUGGAGACUCAAACCAGCGAGGGUAACGCCGAAGAGGAGGGGGGCGACCCGCUCGGCCCUAACUGCUACUACGACAAGUCCAAGUCCUUCUUCGACAACAUCUCCUGUGACGACACCAGGAAAGCAAACGACAAGUCUGGAGUCUCUGGUUUCCCACGGGAGCGGAGGCAGACUUGGGCUGAGGAGAGGAGGAUGAAUGCUGAAACGUUUGGUAUCCCUCUGCGUCAUGGCCGGGGUCGUGGUGGUUACCGCGGACGUGGGGGCAUGGGUUUCCGUGGAGGUCGGGGGCGUUCGGCGAGCCGAGGGUCCUUCGGGCCUCCGCAGGGGGGCGGCGGCUUCAGGGGAGGAUACAGAGGAAACCAGGCUGGACGGGAGUUUGCUGACUUGUCAGCGUUCAGGAAGGACAACAAAGUGUCGGCGUAGUCCCGCCCCCGGAAACGUCUCUUCUUCUUCUUCUCUGAGGUGGAUCUCGUAGUUUGUCGACUCUAUAAGACGAUUGUCUCUAGUUGUAUAUUUGUCACCAGCACUGAGGUCGACGCUCGAACGCAACACAACUCUCUGAAUCUGUCGACGGUGGAAACGACAAAAACCAUUUAAACCACAAACUCCAGAUCUCGACUAGAUGAAGAAUAAUGUUCACGUGAUUCUUCAGAUGGUUUUGUUUGGAUGAAUUUUCUGCCCCUGAACCUGUAUUUGAUAAUAUUCUGUCCACACAACGUCCUGACUUUCACUGACAAAGCUUUAUUUGGGGGGUGGGGGGGUCUCAGCUUUCUAACAUAUAUUUUUCUACCGCGUUCCUCUCGCGUCUCCGCCGUCUCGUCUCCGUGUUCCACUUUUCACGCGAAGAGCUGAAAGAAAAAGAAAGUUUUCAUCAUCGAUUGAUCGUCAAUACAAACUGAGAACUGAUCAUCUGAUGACGUCAUCUCGUUCUCCAGGACGUCCUGAUUGAUUUUAUAACAAACAGUGGAUCAAUGUAGUUGAUAAUGAAACGUUCUGACGUCUGUUGUAGUCUUUAGUCCCACCCACAACCCGACCCAGAAGGGUCAAAGUUCAAACAUCAGGCACUUGUUUAGUGUUUUCGUCUUUUCAUGAUGCUGCAGAUCACAUCAGAUGCAAUAUGAUCAUCAGUCAAAUGGUCAAUGUUCUCAGUUUGUCCAACGCUCAGUCGACGUCUCACAUAAAUUGAUGAAUCUAGAAAUCAAUCGGCACAUUCAAAGAUGAAUAUUGAUAAACAUUCACUGUUGGUUCCUUUUUGUUUCUGCGUUAGAUGUGUCGUUAAUCUUUUCAUCAGUAACUAGAUUUUUAUUCUGACAAAUCAAAGAAAACUUUAUUUAACUGUAAAAACAGAAACUGAGUUAAGAAGUUUUCAUAAUUGUUUAUUUUUCAUAUUUAUCUGAAACUGACAUUAAUGUAGAAAUAAAAAGGAACUGAUUCUUUCAGUUUGUUUUCAUCUUCAGUCCGUUACUAGAGAAACGACGUGAUGAAGCAACCAGCUGCUGAACGAUCUGAGGCCUGGGAGAGUCGGUCAGUGGCUCUGGUAACGGAUGCUGUAAUGUUGUCAUGGUAACUUGUUAGACGUCGAUUUCUCCCUUAAGAGCAAAGUUUCCUUUAAAGUCGCCAGCGCUCAGGAAAUGCCUGAGGUCACGAGAGGUCGGACUUUUAUUCUGAAAUGUCAAACAGGAGGAGCAGAUUCUACUUCCUGUUAAGAAGUCUGUCUUUUGCAUUAAGGUACAAAAAAAAGUGGAAUUGGACUGAAGAAGAAAAGCCUUCAGAUGGACGCGGCGUCGCCAUGGAAACAGGCUUUAUUGUGUUAAAUAAAGGAAGAAUUUAAAAAAAACUACAAUCUUUAUUAAAUGACGACGGAAAAAACCUUUUCAUGACGAGACGAAGUAAAAACUGUUGAGUGGAUAAAGAGUUUGGUUAUUCAAUCGAGAGUUGGGACAGAAAUUGUUAUUAUUAUUAAUAUUCUAGGAACAUUUCUGAAGCUUGAUCACAGUCCAAGUUCACUCGUCUACAUUAACACACUUCACUUUACAGAGGCCUCAGACAGGGCCGGGUCGCCUACACCAAGGGGCCCAGGUCCAGGGGGCAGGUUAGUUUGUUUCAUGAUACUAACAACAGAACAAAGCACACGAGAACCUGAAGUAACAGAAGGCUGGAAGGGUAGCGUAGCAUAAAGACUGGAAACGGAGAAAACGAAAAUCUUAUCAUAGCAUAAAGAUAAAACAGGAGGAAACUGCUAUCUUAGCUCAGCAUGAAUACUAUAAAUGGGGAAAACAUUAAUUCAUUAAUUCAUUAAUUCAUCAUUCAUUCAUAAAUGAAUGAAUGAUGAAUGAACAAAGAUAAAACCAGGGGACAACAAUGUUAGCUUAGCAUAAAGACUAAACAGGAGGAGACAACCAGCCUGGCUCUGUCGGGGUCAGUGGGCCCCUCAGUUUUUAUCCGGCCCCGCCUUUUGGAAAUAAACACAUUUUUCUUGAGUGAAAACUAAAGUUGGGGGGGGGGGUACCUGAACGCAGCACGACGUCCUGUUUUUACCAAGAGCAAAUAAAGUGGUGGUGUUCAUUA